GAGAGGAGGCGCCUGGCGCUAACAAAAGUCCGGCCCGCUGGCGAGCAGCGCAGGGCCAUAAGUCUCUGCUCAGUCGGGGCACCGCAACAAGUGGCCGCCGCGCCCUCCCCGGGGAAGCGCGGACUCACCGGGACGUGGGGAGGAGGCGGCUGAGCGGGACAGCCCCGGCAGGCGCCGCUCCGCGCGCGAGGCUUUGGGACCGCGGAGGCGCAUGGGGACCCCGCGGCCGAGGCGCGGCGAGCCUAGGGGCGGCACCGGGGCGCGGGUUCUGCGUCGCGCUUCUCCCACUAGACCGGAGCGCGGAUUCUGAGAGCCCUAGUGGCUGCUCUGGACACGGCCCGCCACCCUCAGAGUACCAGGAUCGGACUUAGCACCACUCCUCCUGCCGCAGAGCAGGGCCGUCCCGGGGCCCGGAACGGCCCACGGAAGAGGCUUGUGCAGCUAACGGUCCGGUCUUGCUCGCUUUCCUCUGCUCCACCGCUUGGGAGGUGCGCCCCAGCUAUGCAGUGUCCAGGGAGACGGCGGGCAUGACGGCGACAGGAUGGGCGCGAACAAUGGCAAACAGUACGGCAGUGAGGGCAAAGGCAGCUCAAGCGUCUCAUCCGACGUGAGUUCAAGCACAGAUCACACACCAACCAAAGCCCAGAGGAAUGUGGCCACCAGCGAAGAUUCUGACUUGAGCAUGCGUACAUUGAGCACGCCCAGCCCAGCCUUGAUAUGUCCACCGACGCUGCCAGGAUUUCAGAAUGGAAGGGGCUCGUCCACAUCUUCAUCCUCCAUCACCGGGGAGACGGUGGCUAUGGUUCACUCCCCACCCCCGACCCGCCUCACUCACCCACUCAUUCGGCUCGCCUCCAGACCCCAGAAAGAGCAAGCCAGCAUAGACCGGCUUCCGGACCACUCCAUGGUGCAGAUCUUCUCCUUCCUGCCCACCAACCAGCUGUGCCGCUGUGCGCGGGUGUGCCGCCGCUGGUACAACCUGGCCUGGGACCCGCGCCUCUGGAGGACUAUCCGCCUCACGGGCGAGACCAUCAAUGUGGACCGUGCCCUGAAAGUGCUGACCCGCAGGCUUUGCCAGGACACCCCCAAUGUGUGUCUCAUGCUGGAGACUGUCAUUGUCAGUGGCUGCCGGCGGCUCACAGACCGAGGGCUCUAUACCAUUGCACAGUGCUGUCCAGAACUGAGGCGCCUGGAAGUCUCAGGUUGUUACAAUAUCUCCAACGAGGCCGUCUUUGAUGUGGUGUCCCUCUGUCCCAACCUGGAACACCUGGAUGUGUCAGGGUGCUCCAAAGUUACCUGCAUCAGCUUGACCCGGGAGGCCUCCAUUAAACUGUCCCCCUUGCAUGGCAAACAGAUUUCCAUCCGAUAUCUUGAUAUGACGGACUGCUUCGUGCUGGAAGAUGAAGGCUUGCACACCAUCGCAGCUCACUGCACGCAGCUCACACACCUGUAUCUGCGCCGCUGUGUGCGCCUCACCGAUGAGGGCCUCCGCUACCUGGUGAUCUACUGCACUUCUAUAAAGGAGCUGAGUGUUAGUGACUGCCGCUUCGUCAGCGACUUUGGCCUGCGGGAGAUUGCUAAACUGGAGUCCCGAUUGAGGUACCUCAGCAUCGCCCAUUGCGGCCGCAUCACGGAUGUGGGCAUCCGAUACGUGGCUAAAUACUGCAGCAAAUUACGCUACCUCAAUGCGAGGGGCUGCGAAGGCAUCACGGACCAUGGCGUGGAGUACCUCGCCAAGAACUGCACAAAACUUAAGUCUCUGGACAUUGGCAAAUGUCCUCUGGUCUCCGACACGGGCCUGGAAUCCCUGGCUUUGAACUGCUUCAAUCUCAAGAGGCUAAGCCUCAAGUCCUGCGAGAGCAUCACCGGCCAGGGCCUGCAGAUCGUGGCUGCCAACUGCUUUGACCUGCAGAUGCUGAACGUCCAGGACUGUGAAGUUUCGGUGGAGGCCCUGCGGUUUGUGAAGCGCCACUGCAAACGCUGUGUCAUUGAGCAUACUAACCCUGCUUUCUUCUGAAGGGGACAGCUCCCAUUGGGCGUGUUUUCACAGCAAUGUGAGCCAAACAAUGUUUUGUAAAAAGCGGCCCAUCUGAGCACCCACACCCACUCACAACAGCUGUCUUCCAGGGAAGUUCUUAGGAGGCUGGCUUUUAUUUUUAAUUAUUAUUAUUAUUA